AUGUUUAUAGCAUUUUCUCUUCCCUUUUACUUCUGCACGUCAAUUCUUUCUUUCUUUCUUUUUCUUUCUUUCUUUCUUUUUCUUUCUUUCUUUCUUUCUUUCUUUCUUUCUUUUCUUUCUUUCUUUCUUUCUUUCUGCCGUUUUUCUUUCUUUCUUUCUUUCUGUCGUUUUUCUUUCUUUCUUUCUGCCGUUUUUCUUUCUUUCUUUCUUUCUGCCGUUUUUUUUAUUUCUUUCUUUCUUUCGUUCUUUCUUUUUCUUUCUUUCUUUCUCUCAUUACGUCAUUAUUUUUUCUUAGCGUUUUCUUUCUUUCUUUUUUUCUUUCUUUUCCAUUUCUCGUUUUCAUCUAAAGCAUUUUCUCUUCCCUUUAACUUCUGCCCGUCAAUUUUUCUUUCUUUCUUUCUUUCUUUCUUUCUUUCUUUCUUUCUGCCGUUUUUCUUUCUUUUGUUCUUUCUUUCUUUCUGCCGUUUUUUUUAUUUCUUACUUUCUUUCGUUCUUUCUUUUUCUUUCUUUCCCUCAUUACGUCAUUCUUUUUCCUUAGCAUUUUCUUUCUUUCUGUCGCUGUUCUUUCUUUCUUUCUUUCUUUCUUUCUUACAUUAUUUCGUUCUUUCUUUCGCUCUUGCACUAUAUUAUUUUUUCGUAGCUCUUCUUUUUUUUGUUUCUUUUGUUCCUUCUUUCUUUCUUUCUUUCUUUCGUACUUUCAUUCAAUCUUACACUUCAUUCUUUUUUCUUCUUUCUUUCUUUAUUUAUUUUUCUCUUUGUUUCUUUCUUUCUUUCUGCCGUUUUUUUAUUUCUUACUUUCUUUCCAUUUUCUCUUCCCUUUUACUUCUACCCGUUAAUUUUUCUUUCUUUCUUUUUUUCUUUCUUCUUUUUUUCUUUCUUUCUUUUUUUCUUUCUUUCUUUCUUUCUUUCUUUCUGACGUUUUUCUUUCUUAUGUUCUUUCUUUCUGCCGUUUUUUUAUUUCUUACUUUCUUUCGUUCUUUCUUUCUUUCUUUCCCUUAUUACGUCAUUCUUUUUUCUUGGCAUUUUCUUUCUUUCUUUCUGUCGCUGUUCUUUCUUUCUUUCUUUCUUUCUUUCUUUCUUUCUUACAUUAUUUCGUUCUUUCUUUCUCUCUUGCACUAUAUUAUUUUUUCGUCUCUCUUCUUUUCACUCUUACACUUCCGGUCUUUCUUUUUUCAUCUCUCCUAUUUCUUUCUUUUUCUGCUUUGCAUGUCCCACUUAUUUGUCUUCAUUUUAUGCAUGAACCUCUAUAUCAACUCCUUGUAUUCAUUUUGCCUACGUCUCUGCGGCUGUUCCUCGUCAAUGUCAUUCAUGUUUCUUGUCCUCUUUAAGAUGGCGCUUUUUCGUUCGUACUUUCUCAUUGUUUUCAUCUUUCUUCUUCCAUUACUGUUUCUCUCGCCCAUCACUCUCACACAAACGCAGACAUAUUCUCUAUCGCCUUGA